AUGAGCGCGAGGAGGUCGCCGUUGGGAUCAGCCCGCAAAAAGUACAGGUUCGGGUUCCAUUCCCUUACGGCGCUGGACCCUGUAACAGGGGCAAAUGAGACCAGUGAAUAUUUCUCAAGUGCAGGGAUGACGAGCUUUACAAGAUCAUCGGUUAGCGCGCCCUGUAAGGCAAUAAUGUCCUUGUGCUCCUCCAUGGCUUCAUCGAUUGCCUCGCAUACAGAUGUGCCUUCCACCUUCUUCACAAUUAUGUCAAGAGAUGUGUUCCCGGCCACAGUAAAGUUGCGUGACCACAGUGACGCAUAA